AUAACCAUUCUGAAAGAAAAAUGAAGCGUUCAAUAUAGUAUCAGACAAGGUGAAACCAAUAUUUGCCUGGUGGGGCAGGCGCGAUUGACCAACGAAUAGUAUUUGCGUAUAACGCAGUUAGUUUACUGACUAAUUACAUUUUACCUGCUUACAACAUCAACUCGUCUUACUCUUUGUUAUUUGUACACAUAUUUCAUUCGACAAUUAUAACUUUUUCAUUCUCAAAUUAAUCAAAUUCAAUAAAACUGUCAAUUUUUUUUUUGCUAGAAAAAUUUAAUUUUUUGUGUCGCACCGGAAUAAAAAUGAGACGUGGAUCAGUGAGCACAUGGGAGCCUUGGGCUCGUCGUAAUUCAUCUACCAUGGCACAGUUUUCAAGUAAUCGACAAGAAUUUAUGACUAGUGAACCUGGAACAAAUGGAAUAGAGUAUCAGAGAGAAGGGGGAUUUUUUUUAUCCCAUAGAAAGCUUGCAAUUGCUAUCACCGUCAUUUUUCUUCUUCUCGUUGCAGUAGGAUUUGUUGGAGUUUAUUCUGGAGCUGUUCCUCGCAAAAAGGUAUACGAUACAACGGCUCUGAUAGCUGAAGAUGAAGGAUCAGAGCCUGCUGAUGCUAACAAAUAUUUUCUUUCUACUUCUGUAUUUCCCUCGAGGUAUCUUGUAAAAUUGACGCCGAUUGUUGAGGAUAAUGAGGUCUCAAGGGUUCGGGGCCAAGUCAUUAUAGAGUUUCGGUACAAUGGAACCAUGGAUCUUCAACACAUUGUCCUCAAUGCGAAAAGCAUGAACAUUACAAAGAUAAGACUAUGGCCUGAAGAUAAGAAUAUAGGAAUUUUAAAAUGGAGAAUGAAUUUUGAUAACAAGAAUCUAGCAAUGAAUGUUUUCUCAUUAGAAAAUGGUACUACCUUUGGAAACACGUUUUUAUUAUUUUCAACCAAUUUUUUACAUCAGAUACUUAUUAAUGUUGUUUAUAAUUCAAUUAAAGAUCCAAAUAAUUUGACUACUCUUGAUAAUCAAUUUGAUAAUCAAAGUGUUUCUGCAAUUUUAUCGGAAUCAUCAAAAGACCUGUCAGAUGCACCAAUUCCUUCGAACACUUCUGAACCAGUGAUUCAUGAGAUUAAUAUCACUAAGAGCGACGUUGAUGAACAACAUGGAAUCCUCAUGAUUAAUCCUAGCUCACCUAUCAAGCCAGGAAUCUAUUUGAUUGAAAUGGAUUUUGAAUCUUAUACUGACAGCCGUACUUUUCUUGUAGCUAAUUUCAGCGAUGAAGAUACUGAAAGCUGGUUAAUGGUGAGUCGAUUGAAACCCAUUAAUGCUCGACGAUUAUUUCCAAUCUUUGAUGAUGUCAAGCUAAAAGCUCAAUUUACAGUUUCCUUCACACAUCCUAAAAAUAUGAUUGUUUUGGCAAAUACUCCACUCAAUAGUACUUUUGAUAAUUUAUCUGAUAGUUGGAUAAUUGAUACGUUUGAGGAGACACCAUUGAUUUCUCCUCAUAGUCUUGCUUUAGCUCUGGGUCAUCUGAUAUCUGUUGGAAUGACAAAAGUAGGAAAAUACAAAAUACCGGUUAAUUUUUGGAGUCAAGUCGGUGAAAGUGUCGUACCAAAUUAUUUAUUAAAAGUGAUUGGUUUAGUUGUGGAUGCAUUUGAAGAGUUAUUUGCAGUAGCCUUCCCGAUAUCUAAAUUAGAUAUUAUUUGUGUUCCAUUCGCUGAUAACAGCGGUAAUUUAGGAUUAAUAUCAAUAACAGAAAAUUUAUUCAAUGUUACUGAAUCAUCGCCCGGUAUUACUCGAUAUGAGGCAUUGAAAACAAUAAUUAGACUAAUUGGUCGACAAUGGUUAGGGAGUCUCGUCAAUUCACGAAAUUGGACGGAUGUUUGGAUUUUAGAGAGUUCUUUAAUUGAUCUCCAGCAUACUUUAAUUGAACAAAUAGAUCCCGUAUUUAAUCAUUCAACAUUUUUACUUGAUGUUCAACUGGAUGCUUUUGAAGCAGAUGGAUAUAGUGUAUCUCAGUCAUUAACGUCAAAAGUCAAUCCUGCUUACUUAGAAGCUUUCCAUCCGGAUAAAUUAUAUGAUAGAGGUGCAUGUCUCUUACGCAUGUUGCAUUACGUAUUGAAGCGGAAUAACUCUAGGACUGUCUACAGGAAGUUCGUUUCACGGUGGUCCAAUGGAAACGCAGAUGUUCAUUCAUUUUUAGAAGAGAUGACCUCUGAAUCAAAUAAUUUAUCUCAUAAUGUAAAUCUGAUUAAUGUAAUGGAAUCGUGGAUCAAUGGGCAUGGUUAUCCUGUGAUUGAAAUUAGCAGAGAUUAUGAUGCAGGUUCAGCGAAAAUUUAUCAAAAACACUUUGUAUUUGAUAAUAUAACAAACGAUGAUGAAAGCUCAUGGCAUAUUCCACUUACAUGGAUCAAUGAGGGAAAUGACUGGUCCUCUCCUUCUUUUGCGUGGAUUAAUGCAGCAAAGAAAGAGAUGAUAUUGGAAAAUGUUGGUGAUGUAGGAGAAAAAUCAUGGGUCAUUUUUAACAUAAAUUCUUCUGGUUAUUAUCGGGUUAAUUACGACAAUUAUAAUUGGAAAUUGAUUGCCAUGGCACUCGAAUUAAAUCCAUCGAUUUUUCCAUCAUCAGUAAAAGCCUCUCUUGUGGAUGAUGUGAUGAGUUUAUCGUUUGUUGGAUCGACAUCUUACGCUACCGCUUUUAGAAUAAUAAAUUAUUUGAAAAAUGAAACACAGCCUGAGCCUUGGACUGCGCUUAUGCGUCAUGUAAUCAAGUUGGAUCUUGUUUUAUAUGACACACCAGUUUAUCCAGACUAUCAGGAAUUCAUGAGAAAACUAACAUCAAGUCUGUUCAGCCGAGUAGGAACACAGGUUGAACGAGGAAGUAGAAUGACUUUGAUAGCACAUCAAUUGGGCUCAACUUUCGAGAAUUCUGAUUACAUUAAAUGGGCCAAGAAUAAUUAUGAGAGCUUAAGGACAUCUCAUGUGUGGAAAGACAGAUAUGUUGUUGCCACUUAUUUACGUGAAACACUACUUUGUACUUUUGCUAAAUUGGAAGACGAACUGGGUUGGCAAUGGUGGCAACAGAAAUUAGGAAACAUUACACGACGAGAUACUGAUAGAAAUUCCUUCUUGUCAUCUUUGGCUUGUUUUCAAGUUCCCUGGAUACUGAAAGCAGUUUUAAAUGAAAUUGUUCGUGGUGAUUUUUUUGAUGAAAAUGACGUUUUAAUUAUUCUCAAAGCUUUCGAUAAACAUCCAGUAUCUGCUCAAGUAGCAUUUAAAUUUGUUCAAAACAAUUGGGCGAAUAUUUUAAACAGAUUUCGAAAGUCAUAUCCUAUUCUUAGAGCAUUUGUUGGCUCUGUAGGUAGUGGUUUUACGAGUGAGAAAGAUCUUGCUGAUUUUCAGAAUUUUCGAGAUAAUAACUAUGAGAGUCUUAAGCCUGUUGGUUAUAUCACAGCAUUGGUAGAAGCAAGAGGAACCUCUUGGAUUUCAUUUCUUCAAAAAUCUCUGGCUGAUUUCCAGGAUAAUAUUCUCAAUUUAAAAGAAUGAACAUUGUUUGGGAGUUGCAGAGUAACAUGAUUAAUCAGCGUGUACGUAGGAAAUUUUUAAAAAUAAUAUUCUGAAGGAAAAAUUUUCAUAAGAAAGACGGUACCACGGUAUAUCUAAAAUACUUUUACAAACUUCAUCAGAGGUAACAAGAAAAUAAAACCAAUUUUCUACCACAAGUUUUAUUUUCGCAUGCUUCCAUCAAGCAUGAUUACAAAACCGAGCAACAAGAAUCUUGUUUUUUACUCUCACAUAAUUAUUUUAAUGACAUUACUUUUUUUAAUAGUAGGGGAAACCAGGCCAAGACCCUCCCUCCCUUUUGAGAAAAAAAUGUAAAAAUGUGUGAAAUUUUGACAUUUGAGUAUGGAAAAAAUAAAGUAAGAAAGCUUACGUUAUAUUAAUUAUCGAAGAUUAAAGUUCUUAAACGAUACAUAAUACCAUUUAUACGUUUAUAUCUUUGCAGACCACAAAAUUCUUAAAUAGAACAUCUUGCCCCGAUUUCUCCUAUAUAUAUAUACAUAUACAUAUACUAUAUACAUAUAAAUCUAAUCAGAGUGUCAUUUGGGAACAUUUCUUAAGUACAAGGUAUUAUUUGAGAACAUUUGUAUAGUUUGGGGACAGUCCCAAAAAAAAUCAUGUAUCCAACGUAUUAUUUGAGCCACUGGUCUAUAUACAAGGUAUUAUUUGAGGACACGACGUUGCCACGUUGUAAUGGAUUUAUUUUUGUUUUUUGAAAAAAAAGGUGAAAAUAAGGGCAAAGGAACACUGUAAUUGCAUACGCUGUACUUGCAGGGUUAUAUUUUUCUUUUUAACCGUGCGGCCGAAGGCCGCACGGGAAUUUUGAAAAUCGAGAGGGGGAUACCAGUCCCUCGUCCCCAAAUAAUACAUUAAAUGGAUUUAUAUAUAUAUAUAUAUAUAACAAACUUUAGGAUAUACAUACAUAUAUAUAUUAUAUUAUAUGUAUUAAUAUAUAUUUGAACUCUAUCUAAUGAUAAUAUUUGUUACUGAAGAUAAUCAUUGAAUCUCAAUCAAUUUAAUAAUGCGCUUCUUUUAUUGGUACAGAUGCAAUACUUUUAUAAACACUAUUAUGAAUACUAUUACAAUAUAACUAUUAUUUAAUUGAAUUUCCAUGUGCUUUUUGUGUGUUAAUUAUUCGUCUUUGAACUGUUCAUCAUUGUCAGUAAUUAAUGCACAAUGGCCCAACAGAUACAUGUAAAAUACAAAUGAACACAUGGUGUUUACUGAUAAUUAAUUAAUUAAUAAUUAAUUAAUUAAUAAUUCAAUAAAAAUAAAGAAAUAUUUUUAUAAGUAUA